CCUUGGGUUCACAUUAAAAGAUAAAAUAGCAAAUAUCAAAGAGUCGUUCGUCUUCUUCUCUCCAUCAUUGUUUCUUUUUCUCCCCAUUCUCAUUCUACUUUUGUGCUCUGCUUCACUUUUUCUUCCUUCCUCUCUCUCUCAACAACAACCACCCACAAUGCCAGGAGUUGCUUUUUCAUCUGUUCCUUCCUCCGAUCUGGGAAUCUUCUCCUCCUCCUCCGACUUCACGGCCUACACAGCCUCGCUCUCAUCUCCCUCCUCUUCCUUCCGCUGCUGCAUCCCAUUGAAAUUGAAUCUCAGAUCGCUACGCUCUCGCCGCUCCCCUAAGCUAUCUCCUAUUUGCUGCUCCACCUCCCGAUCCGGCCUCGGGGAUCCCGAUCUCGAGUUUCUCCAAGCCUCUGUCCUCGUCGCAGAGACAAGUAUGCAUUACAAAAUGAGGAGAAAUGGAUUCCGGGAAGAUUCGAUUUGGGAAGCAUCAAGGCAUCUCCCACCUUUUGCGGUGAGAGCGAGUGAAUCCAGGGUUGGCGUUUUGCCUAUUGGACUUGGAUUCCUUCGCCAAUUCAAGCACCCUACUAUUUUUCUCAAGAUCUCUUGUGAUGGCGACUACUUGCUUCCCCUUAUUGUUGGGGAUGCUGCUGUUGAGACACUAUUAGACGUAUCUCCACUCCAAGGCCACAUUGAGGAAUGCCCUGAUCAGUUCCACUUUGUGUCUUCUCUUGUCGACAGACUUGGGCAUCAAGUUAAAAUGGUAAAGCUUACAAGUAGAGUUUUCAACACUUACUAUGCAAGCCUAUAUCUCGGCAAGCCAGGAGACGAUGAUGUUAUAUGCAUUGAUUCACGGCCAUCAGACGCCAUCAACGUUGCAAGAGCAUGCCAGGCUCCGAUAUACGUGAAUAAAACAAUUGUCCUGGAAGAUGCUAUCAAGAUUGGUUAUGGAGGCAGACCGAAGAGCACAAAGCCCAUUUUUAAUGUUAUCCUUGACAGCGCUCCAGAGGGACCAGAUCCCAUAUCGGAGGAGCUUAAACUAGUGAGGAAUAUGAAUUUGGCGUCUAAAGAGGAAAGGUACACCGAUGCAGCGAUGUGGAGAGACCGGUUGAAGAAGCUUCAGAACUCGAGCUCAGUUGUAUACGAGGGUUUAGCAACUCCUGAGAGCUACGACUAGGGAAAGAAUAGGAGGAAGAAAAGGAAAUGGAUGUAGAUAAAGGCUUGGGUUAAAAGAAUGCAAGUGUGAUGAAAAGGGUAUGGAGAGGACUCAGGAGAAAUAUAAGAUGCGCUUAGAUUGUUGACGGUAUCCCUAUUGCAUGUAGUAAGUUUAGAUGAAGGCGCUGGUUGAUGGUAUUAUGAAGAAGCUAAAAAGUAGACCAAAGAUAGAAUGAAUAUCUGAGGUAAAGUGUAAAAAAAUGUAAAUGUAAGAAGACGCUGAAUUCAUUUCUUUUCUUCAGUGUAUGUGAGUUUCUACUUUGAAUGAA